UUGAUAUCAAAGGUCCAUUUUGUGACGACGGAAGUGUGGGAGUGUAGUUAUGUUGUUGCUAACGUAAUGUUACGCGAAUUUAAAUUUCUAUAAAAUUAAUGGGAUAACCAUUAUUAUUUAGAACCCUUUCCAGAGCUAUAUAUAAAGUAAAAAAUGAAGAUUUGGACAUCAGAACAUACUUUCAACCACCCAUGGGAAACUGUUGCACAAGCAGCAUGGAGAAAAUACCCUAACCCAAUGAAUCCAGCUGUUGUAGGGAUUGAUGUUGUUGAUAGGAAGGUCGUAGACGGCAUUUUACACACACAUAGACUCGUCAGCUCAAAGUGGUUUUUUCCGCGAUGGGCACAAGCACUAAUUGGCACAGCUAAGAUUUGCUAUGCCAGUGAAAAGUCAGAAGUGAAUCCUAAUGAGCGUGAAAUGACAUUGAAAACAUCAAAUUUAACAUUUUGUCGUUAUAUUGCUGUUGAUGAAACAGUUAAGUACACUCCUCAUCCUUCUGAUCCUGCUAAAACUCUUCUAACACAAGAAGCUGUAGUUACUGUACAAGGUGUGCCACUAAGUAGCUACAUGGAAGAUUUGCUGACAAAUAAAAUUUCCUUAAAUGCAGGAAAAGGUCGUCAAGCUAUUGAAUGGGUCAUAGGAAAAUUAGAUUCUGAGAUAAAGGAAUUAGCAAAUACAGCUUGCAAAAGCACAGAUGAGCUUCUAUCACAGACAAAAAAGUCAUUAGAUGACAUCACAAUUACAGCAAGAAGAUCCAUGGAUGAUAUAUCAACUAAAGCCAAAAGGUCUUUAGAUGAUAUAGAAAAAUUUAGAAAGUCAAAUGCUAAUCAACGAAGCUGAAAAGAGGAGUGAUUUCAACUAUGACCAUAAGGGGACUUAAGUUUUUUGACAAUCAUUCAUUACAAUACAUUUUAUUUUUUUGUAGAAAAGUUUCAAUUUAACUUUUCAUAUAUAAUGAUUUCUGCAAAAACUGUCCCUUAUGAUGAUCACAUUUAAUUGAUAUGAUAGCAAUGUCUUAAUUAUAGUGAGGAAUGUAUUAUUAUUAAUUUAUUAAAUGUAUGUAUGUAUUAGUAAAAUAAUUGUGUUUUUAUCAAUGUGUAGUAUUAUUGUUAAAAGCAUUUGUCAUUUGAAAUAGUUUAGUUUGUUAACAUGCAUUUUAUGUACAUAUUAAAUUGAGAUGCAUUUUCUGUAUUUCUUUGUCAUUUGUGCUCUAGACCAUAAAAAGACACGGAUUUAUAGCAAAAGAAGAUUUCUAUACAGUAUGCUUAUUUUUAAAACAUUAGAUCCAAUUGGAAUGUUUUCUAAAUAAAAGUUCUUAUUUAUUCAGUUAUCAUUAAAAUAUAUUUUUUACACCUUAAAAUAGAAAAUAUCGUAACAUUCUCAACUUAUAAUUUAUAAGCACAAAUAUCAAUUCCAUGUAACAUUUCUCACUAUAUAUCAUUGUAUAUUUCUAUUUAAUAAAAUAAAUUUUUGUUUACUGGCAGUA